AGAUGUGUCCACAACUGCUGUUUGAAGUCGGAAACUUUUCGUAGGUGCACUGGGAGAAAACUUGUUUACAAACAACUGUCAGAAUAGGAAAAAAGACAAAGAGCUUCGAUACGUCUUUUAUUAAAUUUGUAUAACUACAUUUUAAUUUUCUAGAGGGGUCAUUACGAUAUUUAACGGAGGAAAAUUACAUCGUCGACGGGUUUUGUUGAUGUUAGAUGACGGCGAUGCAACAUGACUUCCUGUCCGAGACCAGACCGAAAUAAAGAGAGUGUGUGGGUGCAGUGAGAAAAAGCUGAGCAGGUGGAGAGUCUUGAGUUGCACAAAGGUGUUGGCUGUGGGCACUACGCAGCGGGACACAUGGCAGAGGAAGGCAACAAGCUGACACUGAGACGCCUGGAGGCUCCAAUCCACAAGUUCAUUAAAGUGGCUCUACCCACAGACCUGGAGCGGCUACAGAAACACCACAGUAACAUACUUAAGUACCAGCAAAGCCAGCAAUGGGACCGCCUCCAUCAGGAGCAUAUUAACGCCAGCAGAACUGUUCAGCAACUGAGAGCUAACAUCAGAGAGAUGGAGACGCUGUGCGGCCGGGUCCGUGCUGAAGAUUCUGCGGCUCUGGACGCACUCGUCAGGCCCGUCAGGGACAGAGCUUCAACUGCCGCCAGAGACUUUCUGCUUUUGCACUCAGACUCCGCACCAACACUCGCCACACGACCGCCCGGAUGUGAGUCCAGCAGUUGCCACGGCGCCGAUGACGAGGCCGAUAAAUUUGAGGCGGGAAAACAAAGUCAGCUCCACCUUCCAGAAAUCCCUGCAGAUCAGAACGCAGCGGAAUCCUGGGAUAACCUCGAAGGGGAUUUGAAGGAGCUGAGCGGCUUGGUGACUGAGUUCUCUCUGCUCGUCCGUUCCCAGCAGGAGAAGAUUGACAGCAUCGAGGACAACAUCAACACAGCCUCAACCAACGUGGAGGAGGGGGCCAAGAGCCUGGGGAAGGCGGUGGGCUACAAGUUGGCGGUGUUGCCGGUCGCCGGGGCGCUGCUGGGUGGCGUUUUGGGAGGUCCGCUCGGCCUCCUGGCUGGGUUCAAGGCGGCGGGGGUGGCGGCGGCUCUCGGAGGGGGCGCCCUGGGCUUCGCUGGUGGCAACAUGGUCAAGAAGCACCGCCAAACUCAAGUGGACAAACAGAUGAAAGAACUGACGGCGCCGCCGCACGAAGGACAGCAAAGUGUGGAGGAAAGACCCCAACAGAAAGCACCAAUUACAGCUGGAAAACUGGUCGAGUGAACAUUUAUGCUAAACUGUUGCCACAAAAAGGCCAAAUGUGUCAUUCAGUUCAAAUUAUUUAUUUUUAACUGACUAAUGUGCAACACAUCUACUACUAUGUUGAAAUGUUCUGAAUGAACAAUAUUUUUUUUAGGAGUUAACUUUUUUUCCAGAUUACUAAUCUACCUGAUUUACAAAUGUCUCCAUUCCUGUCUGUAGAAAUGAACUAAAAUAGCUGUAAUGGUGUAUAGAAGGACAGAGUGAUUGUGCCCUUUUAUAAUUUAAUGAUUUAUUCUUAAAGUACAAAAAAGUCUCACUAAGUGCCGUGGUUCAGACCUUCUAAUAAACUGUAUUUGGUCAAGUUGCCUAAUAAAGAAGUCUUUAUGUCAUGUAGCAGAAGAAAAACAACAGGAAAUAAACGAGAGAAUCAACUUAUGAGAUUUUCAUAACAAAACUCACAAGACAACAUCUGUAAAAUGGUUUUUAAUGUACUUGUCAACCCGUUGUUCUCUGAGAUGUCCGGAUUUAAAAGAGCAUCAAACUCCCAUCAGGAUAAGUGGGCUGUUAUGUCACAGGUGUCUGUGGCGCUGGAUGGAGGGGCACGAUGUACAAUACAAAUGCGUUUGCAAACAUGUCGCUUCAGAUUUAUCCUUUUGAAUUCUAGGAAAUCACCAAAAAUGCAUCUACAAAAAAAAAAAAAAA